AUGCAAGGCGUCAGCGCUCCGCGGGAGCCUGCGCCAGUGUUAAGUACUAGUUCAACCAUCCUCAACAUGAGGGAAAAAGAGAAGUAUAUAGAGGACUUUGACUUUCCAUUCUGCGACGAGUCCUCUAAAUACGAAAAAGUUGCCAAAAUCGGUCAAGGAACUUUCGGAGAGGUGUUCAAAGCUCGUGCGAGGAAUAGCAGCAAAAAGUUUGUAGCCAUGAAGAAAGUGUUGAUGGACAACGAAAAAGAAGGUUUCCCGAUCACAGCCCUGCGAGAAAUUAAAAUAUUACAGUUAUUGAAACACGAAAAUGUUGUGAAUUUAAUAGAAAUAUGCAGAACUAAGGCUACUUUACACAACAAAUACAGAUCGACGUUUUAUUUAGUGUUCGACUUCUGUGAACACGACUUGGCGGGACUUUUAUCGAAUGUUAACGUGAAAUUUAGUUUAGGAGAAAUAAAGAAAGUGAUGCAACAACUUCUGAAUGGUUUAUAUUACAUACACAGCAACAAAAUCCUACACAGAGAUAUGAAGGCUGCCAAUGUGCUUAUAACUAAAAAUGGUAUACUGAAACUGGCCGACUUUGGUCUUGCGAGGGCCUUCAGUGUGGCGAAAUCAGGACAAGCCAACAAAUACACUAACAGAGUUGUCACAUUAUGGUACAGGCCUCCGGAACUAUUACUCGGUGACCGUAACUACGGCCCUCCAGUGGACAUGUGGGGUGCCGGCUGCAUCAUGGCUGAGAUGUGGACACGCUCUCCCAUCAUGCAGGGUCCGACAGAGCAACAACAGCUGAUCCUCAUAUCCCAGUUGUGUGGGUCGUGUACUCCCGAUGUGUGGCCUGGAGUAGAGAGUCUGGAUCUAUACACUAAGAUGGAACUACCGAAGGGACAGAAGAGGAAAGUUAAGGAAAGACUAAAGCCAUAUGUGAAAGAUCCAUACGGCUGUGAUUUACUUGACAAACUACUGCAGUUGGACCCCGCAAAGAGAUUUGAUGCAGACACGGCUCUCAACCAUGACUUCUUCUGGACCGACCCUAUGCCCUGCGACCUGGCUAAUAUGUUAGCACAACACACACAGUCCAUGUUUGAAUACUUAGCUCCACCGAGGAGGCCCGGACAUCUGAGGCAUCAUCACCACGUGCCGGGGGCGCAGCCCAAGCCAGCUCAAGCCCAGGACUCGGGCUACCAGGACAGAGUGUUCUAG